GGUUUGGAUCUGUGUUUACAAGCUACGAGAAACUUUAUCAGGAACGCUGCUUAUCGAACCGCGUACAUGUAUACAAUAUCUAAUAGUGUAAUUAUCGCGAUUUUGGAGCGAUAACGAGCUUGCGGUCUGCUUAUUUUUUCCGGAAGCUUUCCCACUCAUCCUUGUCCGAGGAUAUAAACAAGUUGAAAAAACGAACAGAAAGCGUAGUCUUCGUCGAGGUGAUUUCGCAAGAAUAACGGGACGUUCAAAUUUAUCGUUUAAAUUUAAAAUACCGAUGGGCGAUUCCGAGUGAUUUCGACUAACGUUUUACCGCAUAGGUUACGGGUGGAUACACAGAUGGCUGAACCUACGACGAAAAAAAAGGUGUGCGUGGUAGGCGCCGGCGCGGCAGGCUUGUGCGCGGCGAGGCACUUGGCGGGAAAUUUAAAUUUCGAAGUGAACGUUUACGAGCAAACGAACGAUAUCGGUGGUACGUGGGUUUACAAGGAGGAAACUGGAUUAGACGAGAACGGUUUACCGAUACACUCGAGCAUGUAUCGGGAUCUGAGAACUAACUUACCUGGGAUAAUAAUGAAUUUUCCCGAUUAUCCGAGAAUGAACGCUGUUGAACCUUGUUGCGUGACGCACCAGGAAGUUCGAACAUAUUUGCAAAAUUACGCAGAGCAUUUCAAUUUGUUGAAAUAUGUCCAGUUUAAUACAAGGGUUGAAACCGUUCGAUUAGAAACUUCAUCCGAGAAUGAGGAGAAGUGGUUCGUCCGGAUAAAAAAUUUGAAAACGAAGGGGGAAGAGGAGCUUACUUACAACGUUUUAAUGAUUUGCAAUGGGCAUUACUUCGAUCCGUACGUCCCGACGAUACCUGGGAUCGAAACUUAUAAGGGAACGAUAGUACACAGUCAUUCGUAUAGGAAACCAGAACAUUUUUCUGGGAAGACUGUCUUGAUUUUAGGAGCAGCCUCUUCCGGUACCGAUAUAGCAAUUGACUUGGCUAAUCACGCAUCUCGAGUGUACUUGAGUCAUAACAACGAAAGGUUGAGCAGCACUUUACCAUCGAACAUGGAACAGGUGAUGGGCGUGGAAAGGAUAGACGAAGGACGAAUCGUUUUAAAGGAUCAAAGUUCUGUUACCGCGGAUGUAUUCAUGUUUUGUACCGGAUAUCGAUACGACUUCCCUUUUUUGAACGAAAACUGCGGCAUACGCGUCGAUAACAAUUACGUGACUCCUUUGUACAAACAUUUAAUUAACAUCGAUCAUCCUACGAUGUGUAUCGUUGGAGUACCUACAGUUGUCGUCCCCUUUCCGAUGUUUCACGUGCAAGUGCAAUAUUUUCUCGCCCUGUUGGAGAAGAGGGCGGUCUUACCUCCGAGAUCGGCCAUGUUGGAAGACUCAAAGUUGAAAGUCCCGAAUAAGAGACACGCGCACAAGUUAAUGGAUAAACAGUGGGAAUAUAACGAUUCGCUGGCGGAUGCCGGUGGUUUCGAUCGUUUACCCAAGUUGUACAGACUGGGCUACGAAGCGUGGAGCUCGCAGAGGAAAAUAAAUCUUUUGAACUUCAAGAAAGCGAAAUUUGUAUUUAAAAAGGACACGGAAACCGUCGAACUGGUCAUACCUAAUUGAAGUAAUAUUAGGUGAACCGAAAAGUAAUGUCGUUUCUAUGAAUCUCAAUACUUCUUU